UACGCCGCCACCAACACCCCUCAACAAAUUGGUGUAUCGGAACGGGACGGACAAACCCUGGCCGGAGUCACCCGGUGUCUUCUGAAGGAUAGAGAUUUUUUGUCGUCCAUGUGGGGGGAGUUAAUGCUGACUGCAGCAUACCUGUUGAACAGGUCCUCACACUCAGCACUGGGAGGAGUUACGCCAUACUCAAAGUUGCACAAUAAGUCACCUUAUAUCUCGGGACUUCGGGUCAUUGGAGCGCACGCCUUCGUACACCACGAGAGAUACCGAAAGAAGCUGGACGACAGAGCUUUCGAAGGCAAGCUAUGUGGUUUCGGCCUCGACAGCCAGACCUACCGGGUAUUGAAUCCAUUCAACGGGGCCGUGGUCGAGAGCCGGAAUGUGACUUUCAUCAAAUCUCCACCCCGCUCAGUGCCCUUCCAGUAUUCCACUGAAGCAAACGGGUACGAGAGCGACGUGCUGAGCUUCACCUCCCUGCUGGACAGCCCCCACUCGACGAGCGACCUGGACUUCACGGCGCAGAACGAACUCCUUCGGCAAGAAGUCCGGAAGAUGCAGCAAGACAAUCUCGCUCGGGAGGAGCUUCGCCUAGAACUGGACGGGCACGAGGACGAACAUGGAAACGGGCAAGAUCUCGGCGACGGGGACGCUCGAUCACUACAUCUCCCAUCGACGCCAGCUGGAUCGUCAUCCGAGACCCACGCAUCUAGCCCCAGUCCAUCAUCGCCGAACCCGACGGAACCGGACACUUCUGCAUCAACUGGAUCCUCCGGCAUGCGGCGCCUGCAAGUCACCAGAGCCAGCACGCGCGGGAAGCCCACCAGCGACGAUCAUAUCGACGUCAACUUUGUUCCUGCCAAUCUGGAACUCACCAUGAACGACCGCGGUCGAGCUCAUGCUACAACGGGCCACGUGGAGCCAUCCGGGCUUUCCUUCACUCAGCUGGCUGAGAUAGCCGAUCAAGUCCAGCUCCAAUGCCCUGGCGAUACUGAGGAUUUCGCCCACGUUGCGGAAGACCCCUUCACGGUGCCGCGUGUUCACGCCUACGUCAUGACGACUCACGAACACCACGGGAUCUUGGAGGAGACGAAUCAAGCGAUCAAAAUCCCCAACACCUAUGACGAAGCCAUGAGCUCUCCCCAGCGCGAAGAAUGGAAAGGAGCGUGCAGCAAGGAAAUGGACAAUCUGCGGAAACACAACGUCUACAAUCUGGUGCCCCUCAGCAGCGUUCCCAAGGGAGAGAAGAUCCUCGGAACGAAAUUCGUCUUCAAGAAAAAGCUGGACGGACGCUUCAAAGCUCGCCUGGUAGUCGGAGGACAUCGUCAAGAGCCAGGACAGGACUACGGACGCAGCUACGCACCAGUAUGCCGUAUCGGGAGCAUUCGCAUGACGUGCGCCAUUGGCUGCCACAACAACUGGCCCAUCUACCAACUGGAUGUUGUCAGUGCCUUCCUGAACGCCCUCUGCGACAGAGAUGUGUACGUCAGACCCGCCCCCGGUACAUCCGCCAAG